AUGACACUUUUCAGUGUGAUACAAAUUGGAAAACAACGUAUCAACAUAACAUCCGAUAGGUUUGGUGGCGAUGUCAAAAGAGUAUCUGUCAUGUGUGAAUCUGGAUCAAGAGUUAGAUAUUGUACAAACAUAACAAUUACAGAGCCAAAUGUAUCGUUGCAGUGCUCAACAGGCCCAUAUCAGGUUUCAGGUUUUGGGAAGUUUGAGAAAUCUUUAUCAUCAUCAUCAACAACAACAUCUCCUUCUUCACCAUUGUCAUCAUCAACAUCAUCAUUGUCACCAACAUCGACAUCGACAUCGGCAUCACCAACCCACCCAUAUAAAGGAAAGAAAUAUAAGUUUAAUCAAUAA